AGCCUUCAGGCACAGUGAGAGGCUUCUCUGGCUCUUCAUCCAUGGACGAUUCCUGGCAGUUCACACCGCUCACAAUUAGUACUUCUUCGUCUUCGAAACAGAGAAGCUGCUCUGCUUUUCAAAGUGAUCAGCAGCUUCAGAGCAUCAAACAUCAAAAGCAAGAUCAUCAUCAGCAGCAGCAGCAUUACUAUGCUUUGGACAGAAACGAAGGAUCCCAGAAGACCAUUCAUCGAUUCUUCGACGAAUGGCCCCCGAAAGAUAAAGAUUCAUGGCUCGAUUUGGAUGAUAAAUCAUCAAACAGCGGAUCGGUUUCUACAACCAGGCUCUCAAUCUCCAUCCCUACUUCUGCUCAUGACUUCCCCAUCUUCACCUCAAGACAUCAUAAUAAUGACUGAGUUUUCCAGUACUGGUUUUCUGAACCAAAGGCCAAAAAUGUACUUGGUGUCACUAUUUUAUUUUAUUUUUUAUAUUUUAUUUAAUCAUGUCUGAAUGUGGUUGAAUCAGAUAAUUGUGUUAAAUGAAGGAUCCUAAGUGUCUCUCUGGCAAACUUGUGUUUUAAAUGGGUCUGCCAAAUAUCUGGUUUCUUUGUUUUUUGGGUACAUUUUUUUUGAUGUUUUGUGUUGUUUGAAGACAUAAUUGAGGAGGGGACCCAAAUGGACCCAAGAUUUUGGCUAAAAAAAAAUACUUUGUCAGUGGUGAAUCUUGAGCUUCCCCACCCUGGUUAUGUUGGCAAAAGAGUGAACUCCAAUCUUUCCUUGUAAAUCUUUAAACCAAAGGCUACAAGCAUUCAUCACCCUU